ACACCAUCACUCUACACAAGCAAAUAUCAAACCUAUACCUAGACCGCAAAUCGAUCUCGCAUCAAUUCGGGGGCAAACAAAAUAGGAGCAACCGUCAAAAUGCCACCUCAAGAUAAAGAGAUAAUGGCGCAAGCCAAACAAGUCAUCGAGGUUUUCCAUGAGAUAUCGAGUUUACUUGUAUGUGCCCUUCCUCACCUUUCAUAUGGAGGAGAAGAGAAGAGGAUGAAGAGGAAAGGAUUGCGCCGAUAGGGGUAGAAGGAGAAAGGGGAAGAGAAAGAGGCUAAUAUGGAUUUACAUGGCAGAACGCAGAUCUCGACAAACAAACCCUAUCAAUCUGCAUCUCCUUGAUUGAGAAUGGUGUUAAUCCCGAGGCUUUAGCUGUAUGUCCUUUUCUUCUCUUGGUUCCCUAAGUUCUCACCUUUUAUUGUACGACAAGAAAAAGAAAACGAGAAUGGGAAUCCAAGAAGGGAACCCGAGCAGUGCAUUAGUGUGGGAUACGUGCUAACACCCUCGAUACCACAGACCGUAAUAAAGGAACUCAAAAAAGACGCCGAGGAAACGAAACAGCAUGUCGAGCAACAACAGAACCUGGGCCGACGAGAUAGUCAGGCGGAGGGAAGACGCUGAUAGCUUCCUUGGGACUUUGGAAUAAGGAACGAUAUCUUGAGGUUAUUUAAGGAUGUGGGCAGGGAGGACAAACGGGGAGAAGAAGCACCUCCAAGUUUAGCCCAGCGGUUAGGUGGGAUUUGGGUAUGCUGCCAGAAGGAAAAAACAUGGUAUUUCGGGGAGGUAUAGAAGGGUCGAGAAUAUAGCGGCGCUCAGGGAAGAAUUACGAUUUCCAGGGAGUAGUUGAGAUCUACUUACUAUGGGAAUACUGGAUUGUUGUGCUCUCACUGUAUGGGUCUGGAGAAACACGCUAGAAGGACCAGGGGUUCAACAGUAUUCGACCGAAAGAUAGCGACAGAGGGAGCCAGCUCAGAGUCAGAAGUCGUCAUGUACGCCAAAGGACGCACAAGAAAACCAGCAUAGGAAAGAGAACCACCAGUGUGAUGGGUGUGGUGAACGAAUCGCUCAAGCGCUACCUGCUAUAAAACAUAGACGGGUAGAUAGUACCAGACAUCAGAACACCACCAUACCAACCACUACAGUAAUCUCAAACUUUUUGGCCGCAUGACAAUAAAACAAGCAGCUGAAAUAACUAAAAACAAAAACAAAAGGUUGUAAAACAUUAUUCGAAGAGAGAUUGAAAAACAUUACACAACAACGCCCAGGGAUUCAUACCAUAGGCGCCGACUAUACUCUACCUCUUCAAGCGAACUCUCAAGCGAACUCAAGCAGAUACACCCGAAGAAGAUAGUUCAUCUCACAACUUCAGUCACUCGCGCAAUUCGAUCUGUCAUCUGUCAUCCGUGAGAUCAUAGACGUACUUUUGAAUGAAGCGGAAUGCUAAUGCUAUGAAUUAUCUUAUUGAUGGUUAGGUAUAGACAGGAUAGGGGUAUGGGUUGGGCUUUGUGGCCACUGGCUUUAGGAGGGAGCUGGUGGUGGUGAUGUAGUGAAGAGCCAACGGCAAGAUAGAUAGGGAGAAAGAGAGUAGUCAAAACGACAUGAAUCAUUUCCAGAUGAAGACCCAAUAGAAC